AUGAUAUUUCCAAUACCCAAAAACACUUAUAGAGAAGGAGAUCUCAAGGUUGCUUUAUUGUCUUAUCUCCUAGGAACUAAUCAAAAUUCCAUUUUACGAAGAUAUAUUUAAAUUUAUACCAACCUCUCCCAAAACAAAAAUCUAGUUUCAUAAAAUAGAUCCUUUUAAACCACCUGAUGAAAUACCCAACGUAUAUUAAUUACCUCUAUAUCUAGGAUAUAAGUGCUCUAUCCAUAUAUGAUGAUUAAGUUGACGAACUGCCAAGUUAAAGAAUACCUCAUAUAAUUUAAACAACAAACCUCAAACCUAAAACUCAAAUGUAAUUUUCAUAUUUAAAUUCAAAGACGUGAAUUAAGAUUGUCUAUAUCCCCUCGUUCCUCUUACAACAAUGAAUUCCCCCACACACUAACAAAUAGAAGUUGUAAAUAUACAAAAGAAAUUCCAUGUUUAUAUUUAAAAUCCUAUACAAUGACUAAAAGAACUAUCAUCUAUUUCCAUGCCAAUUGUGAAGAUCUGAAAUCUUCUUACAAUCUAAUAGACUUCCUCAGACAUAAUAUGAGAAUGAAUAUUUUAGCUGUUGAAUAUCCAGGCUAUGGAAUUUAUCAAGGUGAACCAAAUGAAGAAGUUAUUUUAAAAGAUGCUGAAUACAUUUAUAAGUAUGUGGCCUUUCAUUCCGGAAUAGAGGAAUAGAAUAUAAUAUUAAUGGGAAGAUCUAUAGGAACUGGAGUUGCAUGUCAUGUAGCAUCAUUGUUUAAGCCAGCUACUUUAGUUUUGAUAUCUCCAUUUCUAUCCUUAUAAGAAAUCGUUUCAGAAAAAUAUCCUUUUUUAAGGAAGAUACUUAAAGAGAGAUUUACUAAUAAAGAUAAAAUAUUAAAAGUCAAAUCUCCUCUAUACAUUCUGCAUGGACUUAAAGAUUCAGUUGUUUCAGUAGAUCAAGCUAAAAAACUUUAUGGUAAUUUUAAUUUCUAUAAUUUGUAAAUAGAAUUAUGUAGAUGUCCAUGUUUAAUUAGAACACCACCUGAAAUGACUCAUACAAGAUUUCAAUUUGAAUAAGAUUUAGCCUUGCCUCUUCUAGGAUUCAUGAGAUAAUUGAAUAUACUUUGA